AUGACCCAUCAAAAGAAUCAAACACUUGCAGCUGAAAUUUUGAUUGUUGGAUUUGAAUACCUCAUUGCCUACAGAAUUCCGUAUUUCCUUUUCUUAUUGGUCAUCUACACAUUGACCUGCUUUGAGAACCUGCUGGUCAUCUUUUUGGUUAAUAAAAGCCCUCACCUCCACUCCCCCAUGUACUUCCUGAUCAGUAACUUGCUCUUCGUUGGAUUUGUUUACACCGCAAAUCUGGUUCCACGGAUGCUGCAUGACCUACUCUCGGGAAGAGGGGUCUUCUCCUUACUUGGCUGUAUUAUCCAAUUAAAUGUGAUGGGAGGUGUAUCAAAUGUGGAGUCUCUCCUGCUUACAUUAAUGUCCUAUGACAGAUUUUUGGCCAUUUGUCACCCUCUGAGAUAUUCCGCUCUCAUGCAUACUAGACUGUGCCUGUAUUUAGUGAUUGGGUUUUGGUUGAUUUCCUCUGUGAUUGUGGCAGCAAUAUGCUAUUUCUUAAUUAAAGUGGAAUUUUGUGGCCCUGUUAGAAUCAACCACUUCCACUGUGACUUCAACACCCUGAUUCUGUUUGCCUGCUCAGACAUAGCACCUCUUAUGUUUCUUACCAUCGUGGUCAGCACUAUACUGUGUGCUACACCUUUUGUGGCGGUUGUUUUAUCAUACACCUUUAUCAUCAUGGCCAUCCUCAAGAUAAAGUCAUCCAAAGGAAGAAAGAAAGCCUUCUCCACCUGCAGCUCCCACCUAGUGGUCUCAGCUAUAUAUUUUGCCAUAAUUUUUACUUUAUACGUAGUGCCGAGGAGUAAUAAUUAUUUCCAGGUCUAUAAAGCAAUGUCCUUUUUCUAUUUAUACAUCAUUCCACUGAUAACCCCCAUCAUUUACACCCUAAGGAACCAGGAUUUUCAAAAAGCACUACAGACCACAAUGAGUGAAAUGAAACAACAUGUCAUAAAUGUUCAUUUUUAA